AUGAUUUGUGACAGUCAUCUUCGCAUCACAAAUGUGAAUGCAAAGUUUGGUGGAGCUACACACGAUUCACAUAUAUGGUCAUCUAGUAAAGCUGAAUCAUACAUGCGUGAACUUCAUCAAAAUAAUGAACAAGUAUGGUUAUUAGGUGAUUCUGGAUAUCCACAACGCCCUUGGCUUAUGACUCCCAUCCUCAAUGCAGUUCCAGUUAUUAUA